GCGUGGCUGCCCGUCGCGGGCGGCGCCUCUCCCGAGCUUGAUCGCCCCGGGCCUGGCCUACCUCCCUCCCCUCCGAUACUAAGAAGUUUAAGGGAGCUGGGACUAAGCCGAUUAAGGGAGUGGAGCGGAGGCUGGGCGGAGAGGGCUGGUGUUGACCGAGGUGGCCCUGCCAUGUCUAGAGAAGCCCCCGGAGCAGUGAUAAUCAUUGAGUGAGUGGUGCUGGGUUGAUCGAUCGAUUCCUGGACGAGAGAGGGAUGCUGGCCAUUAGAAAGGCCAGAAGGAAACUGAGGAUGGGGACCAUCUGUUCCCCCAACCCCGGCGGGACAAAGACGGCGUCGGAGGACUGCAAUGCCGACUGGAUGGCCUCGCUGCCCGCUCACCUCCACAACGUCCCGCUUUCCAAUCUGGCAAUCCCAGGCUCCCAUGAUUCCUUCAGCUACUGGGUAGAUGAAAAGUCCCCAGUGGGGCCCGACCAAACCCCGGCCAUCAAACGCCUCGCCCGCAUCUCCUUGGUGAAGAGGCUGAUGAAGAAGUGGUCCGUGACCCAGAACCUGACCUUCCGGGAGCAGCUGGAGGCCGGGAUCCGCUACUUCGACCUGCGCGUGUCUUCCAAGCCCGAGGACGCCGACCAGGAGAUCUACUUCAUCCACGGCCUCUUCGGCAUCAAGGUCGGGGAUGGGUUGAUGGAGAUCGACGCCUUCCUCACCCAGCACCCUCGGGAGAUCGUCUUCCUGGAUUUCAACCACUUCUAUGCCAUGGAGGAAGCCCAUCACAGACGCCUGACGCUGAAGAUCCAGGAGGCCUUUGGAAGCAAGCUGUGCCCAGCGUGCAGCGUGGAGGGCAUGACGCUGAGGAGCCUAUGGGAGAAGAAGUACCAGGUUCUUAUUUUCUACCACUGUCCCUUCUACAAGCAAUACCCCUUCCUUUGGCCAGGAAAGAAAAUUCCAGCACCCUGGGCAAACACCACGAGUGUGCGCAAACUGAUCCUCUUCCUGGAGACCACGCUGAGCGAGCGAGCCCCACGCGGAGCCUUCCACGUCUCCCAGGCCAUCUUGACCCCCAGAGUGAAGACCAUCGCCCGAGGCCUGGUGGGCGGCCUCAAGAACACAUUAGUUCACAGAAACCUUCCUGCCAUCCUGGACUGGGUGAAGACACAGAAGCCUGGUGCCAUGGGCGUCAACAUCAUCACUUCUGACUUCGUGGACCUGGUGGACUUUGCCACAACCGUGAUUGAGCUGAAUGACCUUUUGCUGGAGGACAGGGCUUUGACUAAAUGCUGAUUUUCUGUUCAGUUUAACCUGGCGUGGAGGUUGCUGAUCCAGGGUAGAGUUCUGGAUGGUUUCCCAUUAGAAUGGCCCCUAGGCAAUUGUGGUGAAGUCAGAGGAGGAGGGGCCUUCCAUUUGGAGAAUAUUCCAGGGCUUCUCGUUGCAUUUUUUUCCAAAUGUGACUUUUAUAACCUUAGGUCCAAGGGAAGAAAGCAUGCCUUGUGUUAUGAUCGAGGUCAUGGUCCCCCUGGUGGCUUAUGAUGGUGAAUAGAGGGCUGGAAUUUGGGUCCCCGAGUUCCAUCUGGGGUAGGCAACGUCUUAAUUGACCAGAUCUUAUUGUCUUCAGAGGCCUUGUGUCUGAGCCAGUGAGAAGGUUGAGCUGGAGAUGCAUUCCUAGUAUUAAGAAUGGCCCGUGCAGUCUGGGGUGGACUGCACUCUGGGGGUGUCCCUCACAUCAGUGAGGAGCUAUGAAAGGGAAGGGAGCCAAGUACCAGGUUCCUGGGAUGAUCAGGGAGCGGCAGUUCUUCCCUGAGAGGGUGAGGUGUAUGCUUUACCAUGAGGGUUUGAACACACGCUGUCCAUCCCUGCAUGGCUUGCGUUGGUAAUUGGCCAUCUUCAUCCUUCACAUAAGCCCUGACUUGCUCACUGCCCCUGACAUUCUUGAUAAUGGUUUCUCGGUUUGAAAGCGUUGAUUCCUUCCUCUUUCUUUUGGCCUCCUCUGAAAGAUGAGAGGAACACCAUGGCAAAUCCUUUCCGUGCAGGGUCCAACAAGAGCUAGGCGUGCAUGCUUAUCGCCUGCCAAUUUCUUUGCUUUAAUUCUGUCCCUUUCCCUACAAUGUCCGCCAGGCAAGCACUUGAAUCAUUUUAGCAAGGUCUGCUCCGGGGAGAGAGGUCUUCAAGACGGAGGCCGGAAUUGCAUUUCAUUGCUGUCUGCCUAGGACCCAGUCUGCUGUGAGACACGAUGCUAAGUAGAAGGCGGCUGGCCUGUGACACCAUGCAGGCUGACACGGGAUGCUUGGGACUGUGCUAUGACAUGAAAGGAAGAAGCUCCGAGUGAGUUUGGAGCCAAUCUGUCAUUCCUUGGAAACAAGACUACCUCGGCGACAAUUCAGGAUGACUUGUAUGUCAUCAAGCAGGAAAUAAGCAAUGCUGGAACAUUUCUGCUGGUUUUGGUCCAUUCUGUUUUCUGAAGGUUCUCCCUUCCAGUCCCUACUGCAUGAGGGCUUUGAAACUCAAGAGGGGAUUUGAUUUUUUAAUUGAUGAGAGGUGCUUUUUGCUGAUAAGAGCCCUCUUGUGUUUUUGCUCUAUUUAUGUAUUUAUGUAUUUAUUCAUUUAUUUAUACAUAGAGUAAGUAUCUACAGUGCUUCAGACUCACAUGGAAACUUACUGGACUUUUCCCACCCGGGACAGACAGUGCUGUGGUCUUCCAUGAACAGAAUGGUGCAUCUCAGGGCUAUGAAUGACGUUGCUGUCUUCCGUAGAUGUCCUAUCCCGCCCCAGUCCUGCUGAGGACAGUGUAUGCAUGUGGGUGCGGCUCUGAUCCAAGAAGCCAUUCCCAAGUCAUGCACUAGGACGAGAGAUGGAAAGGGUCACGAGGAACUCGCAGUUCUUAACCUAGACACUCCUGCACAGUUUUGCAACGAAAGGGACCAGAAAGAAACUGGGAACCCCAGGCUGUGUACAGCUUCGGUACCCCUCGACCCUCCAUGAGAAUCCUCGACGAUAUGUCAGCUUCCAACUCCUUAAACAGGAAUCCAACCACGCGAUCCUGGGUGCCCGUGUGCACUGAGAGGUUGCUGGAGACUCCUCCAGGACUUCCCAGAGAUGCCCUUUGGUUUCACAGCCAGGGUUUGCAUGUUGCCUGCGGUGGGGGCGGAGGGAAGCACACACACGCCCCCAGAGACUGGCCUUCCAGCCUCUACUUCCUGUGAGCGAAACCCUGGUUUUUCAUUUCCGUAGCCCAAGGAAGUCACAGCACAAAUUCUAGGAGCAUCUGCUUUAACUGUCUCUGUUCUUGAACUUGAAACCCUCCCCAAAGAGGCUCCUGGAAUAAUACCGUCAAACUCAGUACAGCUUUCUCCGUACAAGGUCUUCUCAUUGGUUAGGAGACAGCCCCCUCAUGUUCCUCAUUUCCCUUCGAUUCUGAUAUUCAUCCCUAAUGACAAGCUCUGAACCACCUGGCCUGUCCUCAGAGUUUUAUUUUUCUCUGAUUGGUCCCCCUUUUAGUUACAGUAAUUUCCUCUCUGUUAACCCCACGUUGCUUGGCAGAGAGAUAAGGAGGCCAGAGAAGAAUCACUCUGCUCUGUUUUAUUUGAGCCUCACCUUUGCCCAGGUGCUUGGUGCUACGAGGCCAGGUAGACAGGUGUCUCUGCCCCAGAUGCUAGUGACACCUGAUGGCUGCCGACUGUUCCGUGAACUGUUUACUUGAUUUUUUUUCUCCCGUUGUUUUUAAAUCCAUGGUCACCCUCUACUUGGAUGACAAGUCUUAAGUGCGCCUUGCGUUUGUAUGCUAAGCAUCUGUCAUGAAUCAUGACCCAGAAGCGAGCGCACGACACCCCGAGACUGCUGUGAGCCCCACUCUGGCGUGAGUCUUUCCUUCCUAGCUUUGCUUGCACGUUGAAAAUCUGGGAAAAGAGAGGAGCACUUUUCCCAGGAGACACUCAAAGCUGCCCCCCCCCCCCGGAAAAAGGUUUCCUGUGUCCUAAAGGGUGCUCCCUGACUGGGGUCAGGUAGGAAGACUCAGGCCAAUGAGACAGAAAGGAAAUGGACUUUAGGCCACUGACUUCCUCUGCAACCUCCAAC